AUGGAAUCAACUGUUUUAAAUGGGAGAAUGGCUAAAUGGCAGAUCCUGCUAUCUGAAUUUGACAUAGUAUAUGUAAGUCAGAAGGCCAUAAAGGGGAGUGCAAUAGCCGAUUUCCUGGCUAGUAGAGCCUUGGAGGACUAUGAGCCUUUAAACUUUGAUUUUCCAAACGAGGACUUGAUGUAUGUGGCGAGCACUGAAAAAUGUCCUCAAAGGGAUCACGUGUGGAGGUUAAAUUUCGACGGAGCUUUAAAUGCUAUGGGUAAUGGAAUCGGGGCAGUCUUGGUAUCCCCGAGUGGAGAUCAUUACCCUGUGGGUAGCAAGUUGGACUAUGAUUGCACAAAUAAUAUGGCAGAAUAUGAAACAUGUAUUAUGAGCAUUUAUGCAACCAUCGAGCGGAACAUCAAAGUGCUAAGAGUAUAUAGGGAUUUCGCAUUGGUGAUAUACCAACUCAAAGGGGAAUGGGAAACUAGAGACCCUAAUUUAAUCAGUUAUAGGAAGCUGGUUCUCGAAUUGGUUGAUGAGUUUGACGAUAUCACCUUCUGUUAUCUCUCACGAGAGGAAAACCAAAUGGCUGAUGCAUUGGCUACUCUAGCUUCGAUGAUUCAGGUGAAUAGACUUAAGGUAAUGAGGCCUAUUCAGAUGAGUAUCUAUGAAACCCCAGCUCACUGCUACAGUAUUGAGGAGGAGGGAAAAGAUGAUCAUCCUUGGUAUCAGAGUAUCCUACAGUAUGUGAAGAAUCGGGCAUAUCCUAGUUAA